AGCGUGGCCGAAGAGGGCCUGGACAUCCCUGAGUGCAACAUCGUGGUCCGCUACGGGCUGAUGACCAACGAGAUUGCCAUGGUGCAGGCCCGGGGCCGUGCUCGUGCCGAGAACAGCGUCUACUCCAUCCUCGCCAAGGCCAAUAGCAGGGAGGUCUUCCGCGAGCAGCUCAACGAGGACCUUGUGGAGCUCAUGGAGAGGGCGAUCAGAGCGGUGCAGGCCAUGCCGGAGCAGGAGUAUCGCCUCAAGAUCAUGGAGCUGCAGCAAGCGGCGGUUACCAGCUGGCUGAUGAAGGAGGCCAGGAUCAGCGAGAGGCGGCGGCUGCACGACCCGGACGCUGUUCACUUCUACUGCGUCAACUGCAACGUGGCGGUGUGCCGCGGCAGUGACAUCCGCACCGUGGAGGCCAUGCACCACGUGAACAUCAACCCCAACUUCGGGUUGUAUUACAGGGUCUUACCUGGGAAGGUUCAGCUCCAGCGGACUUUCAGGGACUGGGAGCCCGGCUGCCGCAUCGUGUGCAGCGAGUGCAGCCAGGACUGGGGAAUGGAGAUGAUCUACCGGCAGGUGAAGCUGCCCAUCCUCUGCAUCAAAAACUUCGUGGUGGAGACACCGGCUGAGAAGAGGAAGUACAAGAAGUGGAGUGCCGUGACGUUCCCUGUCGAGGAGUUUGACUACGUGGAGUACUGCACCAGCAUCCACGGCCAGUCCUUCUAG